GUUUGGACCAGAUUGUUAGACGAAACAUUGGAUUUACUUCAAAAUUCGUACGCUGAGAUUUUACAGAUACAUUCUCCCUCUUUAAUGUCUGACAUCAACUCGGCGCCCAAAUACUGUGAAACUAUUCUAUCAAAUUUAGGCGAAAGUUCUUAUUUAUAUAUACAUAUAUUUAUUACGAGAUUUUAAUAUGAAUGUCGAGUUAAUGCUUACUGGUUGAUUCAACACAAAAUACUGAAACUAUUUAUGAAUUCAAGUUGUUAGAAUAAAUAUUCUUUCACAUAAUUAACGAUAGAAAUUUAUUGACUGAAUAGACUAUUUUGUUGGUAAAACACACUAGAACAACAAUACUUGAACUCAGGUACAUUUAACUGGUGAAUUCUUAAGUAGAAUGAAACAUAAGUCCUGAAUUUCACUACUAGCCAUCAUCCAACUUUGCUUAAAUUAACUGAUAUUAUUAACAAAUGUUUCAGAAAUAUUUCUUAUGUAUUCAUUAUUACAGAUAUAAUGAAUAAUGAAACACAAAGUUUCAAAUUGGAACAAAAUAAACUUAAGGUAAACAAUACCGUGGAAGGAGAGGAACCUUAUGAUACUUUAAAUAACAAUGAUAAUUCAUGUGAGUAUAAAGAAGCAAAUGAUUACAAACUAUUUCUUCAAUGUGAUAAACAAUUUGAUGAAAGUCUAAAAGACAACAUGAGUGAAAAUUCGAAUAAAACGAUACUUAGCGACUUAAACAAUAGUUGUACAAUAGAAUAUUUCAAAACACUAGAAUAUCCAAGUAUACUACAAAAUGAUUCAUCUCUAUCCAAAACAUCAAUUGAUUCACUUCAUACUAAAUCUAUUUCGUAUAAUAAACAAAAAUUUCAAGAACAACAUAAUACUACUAACAUUCAAGAUUCAAUCAGUUGUUUAACAUCUCCAAUUGAUAAAUUUGAAAUAGAUUCUGUCCUAAUGAUUCAGUCAUCCAAUAUAAAUAAUGGUCAGUCACAAUCAAACUUUACACCAUUAAUUGACAAUGUUCAAAGUUAUUUAAAUCCAUUAAAACACAAUGUAUAUGUACAAUGUAAUAUGAAUUGUGAACAUUUGAACAAACUUCAACACCAAGAAAAUGAAGUUAAUGAUAUAGAAAAAGCUUUAAGUGUAAAAUUCGAAGUAUCCAAGUGGAGAACUAUGAAAAAUAAGAAUAAAUAUUAUGAAAUAAUAAAAUUAUUAGAAAAAAUUCCUAUUAUCUCCAGGAAUAAUAGUAAAAUGAUAGAUUUUACAAAGCAUGAUAGAACUACUUGCUCAGAAAUCAAUCAUGACAAAGAAGAAUAUUUAUCCCUAAAUAAUGUUCAAUUUGACCAAACAAACCAUGAAAAGUUUCAGUUGCAAUCAGGUCAUAAUCCAUUUGAUCUAGAUAAAACUAAACACAUUUAUAGAGAAAUUGAUUUCAAUGAGGAAUGCAAUAAACAUGAUCAAAUUAAUCAUAGAAACUUAAUGGAUGCAUCUUCACAAAAUAAUGAUGAAUAUGAAAUUAUGUCUUUUAAUCAUGAAUUGAAUUAUCAAUCAGAAGGACCAAUUAGUAUUGAUAUUAAUAAAGAUAGAUAUAUCUAUACACCAAUUGUAAUGGAAAAACUGGAUAGCUCUUCAAUUAAUACAACUGAUACAAUCCAAUCAAUUCAAACUCUAAAAAAAUGUAUGAAAACAACUAAAUCAUAUUUUAUUGGACAAGUUUUAAUAAAAGAUACUAGUGAAAUUGAAAUGAAUAAAGAAUAUAUAGAUAAUAAAGAUAUGAUCGAGAAAGAUAAUAUCUUGGACAAUUAUAAAAAAUCAAUGUUAGUAGAUAAUGAACUUUCAAAUCAAUCCACUGUGACUAAAACAAUCGGUGAAUGUACAACAGAAUUUCAUAGGCCAAUAUACGUUCACGUAGUAAACAGUUUACAUCAUGAUUAACAUAAUACAUUUCAAUUUCUAAAUUUGGAUGAUAUACACCGUAUUAAUGCAUGUAUUACUAUCAUCAAUUCAAAAGAGUAUACUAUUACUUUAAUAUAAUUCAAAUUGUGUAUAAUAA